GACGAAGGAACAGGGGCCCCUGUCACGCGUUUCCGUCGGUGCGAAGAUAUCCAUGGUCGCCUCCCGAGAUUGAAUUUUGCGUGCUGCCCCCUUCGUGAAAUCCCAGGAGUUAUAUAAUUCGGAAAUGCAGGAAUUCCACUCGACCCCCUUGUCCGCUCCCGCACGAAGCCUCCCCAUGCGAAAAGGUCCUGCCUUUCGCCGUAUCCGGGGUCAACAGCUCCUUCGCUGCUCCUGCAUUUACAGCUAAAGUUUUCGGGUUCUCCCCACUUUUUUGUUUUCUUGGUUAGAUCCGAUCAAAAACCCGAAGUUACCCGGAAAGGGGCGAUUCGCGUCUGAUUCAAAUUUGAAAUCUUGGGGCCUGGUUUGUUGAGACUUUUGGGUCCGAAGUAAUCUUGCUGUAACUUUUCUUGUCUGGAUCGUGGGUGGUGCGUCGGGAACGAGCGUUUGUCCGCCUCAUCCGUGUUAUCUGAUCCGACGUUUUGUCCCCUUGCGGGCUGGAAAAUCUUAGGUUUGCUCGUUUGAUUGGAAUGGUGUUGCGGUCUACCCGUUUGAUAUAUUGAGGCUCUUCUGGUCCUGUUGAAGAUUGAUUCUGUGUGGUUCUUGGUUGGACAAAUUUUUGGUCGUGUGAUCAGUAGAUACGAGAGCUUGGCGGGUUGGAGAGGCUGCAAAAGGUGAAGCUUGCAUUGGAACUUGGGUGCUGUGGGAUGUAAGUAUAAAGGUGCCCAGAGGUUUUAGCUAUCAAGCGGAUGAGAAGGAUAUCACAUGUCGAAAAGAAUGAUUCAGGGGAAAAUGGGUCUGACAAAAGUGGGAGCCUUCGUCGUCUUGGUGACUCUGCUUUGCUCUUCUAUGGCCUUUUGCUCGAAAGAAAGGGAAAGGAUGGGAGAAGAAGUGCCCGUGAGAGAUGUGUUAGAUCCACUUUCUGGAGUGAUGGAUAAAGGCUUGGUGGAGCAAUUAUUGAUCAAUUGUAGGACUGACUUGAUUCAAAUAAAGGAUAUUGUUGAAGCCCUUGAUGUAUGUCUACUGCAAGAAGCAUCUGGCAAUAGUAACAAUUUCGCUUUAGAAUGUAGAUCAAUUGCAAAAGAAAAGAUCCAGCAAUAUUUUGAUAUCCAUCCCCAUGCGAAGCACCAGCUAGUAGAUUGUUUAAGAAAGCAUAGCUUUCUGUUCCCAGUUUCUGGGGAAGAUUUUGGCUCCCAGAACUGGUACUCUGAGUAUAUCGGGUCCUUGAGUUCUAAGCUUGGCUCUUCUAGAAGGUAUUUGGCUAGUGAGUCUCCAGCACCUGCCCCAUCACCUGUAUCAGGACCUCCUGCAUCCAGCCCAGCACCAUCUCCUGGUGCUCCUAGUACUCCUGUGACUAGUACAUCGCCAAGUCCACCAUUUUUUCCUCGCAGUCCUGAUGCUCCAACCUCACCAUCUACAGGCAGUGAUAAUCAAUCAGCAAGCACGCCAUCAAAUAAGCGGAAUAAUAAAAAAUCAGUUGUUCUUGCUGUUGUAAUCACAGCAUCGGUCACAUUGGUUCUUGUAGCACUUCUAUUUUUAUGCUAUCGACGAGUAUGCAGAACUGGCCCUCCUGUGGGCCGAAAUGACGAAAGGCCCCUCCUCAGCCUAAGUUUAAGCGACUAUUCCGUUGGUUCUCCAUAUAAGCCUUAUGUCUAUGGAAGUUCAAUUAAGGAAGAUAAGCCUGGUCAACAGGCAUUCCAUAACGAGAAGCCGUCAUCUUUAAGCGGCAACUACAAUGUUGAAUCCAGUGUGCUCAAUAACUUCUCAGGCAAGACCUCUUCAGUAGGAAUUGAGGUCAAUGCUACAAAUCUAAAUCCGAACCCCUUGCCACUGCCUCCCGGAAGGGCAGGUUCUACUGUUGGUUUUCUAAAGCCUCCUCCCGGAAGGGCAGAUCCUCUUCCUCCAGAGCCACCUGCUCCUCCUAAGCCUCCUGGAAGGACAGGCCUUCCUCCUCCUGCUGCUCCACCACCGCCUCCUCCUCCCACUGUAAGACCUUCAGCCGUGGGAGCAGGUCCUAAACCUCCUGGACCACCUCCUCCACCUCCUGGACCUCCAAGGGCCAAACCUGGUCCACCACCCCCGCCACCUCCAAAGGGUGGUGCAGCUCCACCACGGCCUCCUCAACCUCCUGGAGGUUUGAAAGUAACUCGACCCUCUCCUCCUGGUGCAAACACAUCUGAUGCAGGUGGAUCAGACCACGAAGUUGAUGCCCCAAAAGCCAAGUUGAAACCAUUUUUCUGGGAUAAGGUCCUGGCAAACCCUGAACAAUCAAUGGUUUGGCAUCAGAUUAAGUCGGGGUCAUUCCAGUUCAAUGAGGAGAUGAUUGAAUCUUUGUUUGGAUAUGCCCCAGCUAACAAAAACAAAAAUGAACUUAAAAAAGAGUCUUCUUCACAAGAUCCUUCAAAUCAGUAUAAUCCGAUCAUCGAUCCUAAAAAAGCACAGAACUUAUCCAUUCUCUUGCGGGCCUUAAAUGUAACGAUUGAAGAAGUCUGUGAUGCCCUCCACGAAGGCAAUGAGCUUCCAGUCGAGUUCCUUGAAAGUUUGUUAAAGAUGGCUCCAACAACGGAUGAAGAACUGAAGCUCAGAUUAUACAGCGGUGAAGUCGCUCAGCUUGGUCCUGCUGAUCGGUUCCUGAAAGCUCUUGUUAACAUUCCAUUUGCUUUUAAACGUAUGGAGGCAUUGCUUUUCAUGAGUACUCUGCAAGAGGAGGUUUCCACAGCUAAGGAGUCCUAUGCAACCUUAGAGGUUGCAUGCAAGGAACUCAGGAACAGCCGAUUAUUUCUCAAGCUCCUUGAAGCUGUCCUGAAGACUGGCAAUCGCAUGAACACUGGAACCUUUCGAGGUGGCGCACAAGCAUUUAAGCUGGACACACUUUUGAAAUUAUCAGACGUGAAAGGAACUGAUGGCAAGACGACACUGCUGCAUUUUGUGGUUCAGGAGAUCAUCAGAUCAGAAGGUGUAAGAGCUGCUCGUGCAGCUAGUGAAAGCCAAAGCCUCUCCAGCGUGAAAUCAGAUGAUCUCCUCGAGGAUGUCUCCCAUGAUUCAGAAGAGUAUUACCGAAGCCUCGGUCUUCAAGUAGUUUCGGGCUUGAGUGGUGAACUUGAAAGCGUCAGAAAAGCAGCGAGUAUUGAUGCAGACAGCUUGACAGGGGGUGUUGCCAAAUUAGGGCAUUCAUUAAUGAAGACCCGCAAUUUCUUGAAUUCAGAAAUGAAGAAUGCUGGGGAAGAAAGUGGAUUUAACAAAACACUGAAAAGUUUCGCGCAGAAUGCUGAGAUUGAUGUGGCGUGGUUGCUAGAGGAAGAAAAGAGGAUAAUGGCUCUGGUGAAAAGCACAGGCGAUUACUUUCAUGGAAAUGCCGGGAAGGACGAGGGGUUAAGACUAUUUGUGAUAGUUAGGGAUUUUCUGAUCAUGUUAGAUAAGGCUUGCAAGGAGGUGAGGGAUGCACCAAAGAGGCCAGCGAAAACACAGAGGAAAGAGGGUCCAACGGCACGAUCCUUGUCAGAUUCUCGACAACCAGCCUCUCCUGAUCUGCGCCAGCGACUUUUCCCUGCGAUCGCCGAACGACGAGUAGAUAGUUCUAGCUCCGAUGAUGAAACUUGAUGGGAAAUCAUUUGACUCAGGCGGUUGCCAUGGCGAAAUUUGGCAGAAGAGACACGAAUCAAUGCUGCUGGAUGCUGCCUACUCUUACAGGGAGGUCAUUUGGAGAGCUCGAGGUCAUCGCAUGCACGCCCUUGAGCUCGAUUUACAUGGGCUCACGACCAGCUGGUUGACAUGGAUCUCCCCAAUCACUCCCACACGGACGGAGGAGGAGCUCACAUAAAGAUGGAUUUCCAUGGUGGAGUUGACUUGUAACUGCCCGACUUGUUCACCAAGUGCUGAAAAAAUUGGUGCCUCUGUGCUCAUUUGCAUUCUUUGUAGAAGAUUCUUUGUCGGUAUUCAUGAUUUGUAGAUUAGUAGAAGGAUAGGAAUGAAAUGAUCUAUAAAAAUGAAGAUGGAAUCAAUUUUGUGACA